UUUAUUCACUAGAAAUAUUUCAGUUGUUGAGUCCUUUGAGAAUAGACAACGCACGCAAGAGAGAGGAGUUACAGCCAACAAGAAGCUACUGAACUUCCUCCAUGCCUGAAUGAAAUUGAGAAGGAUUAAAGAAUUUGGUUAUCAGUUUUUGAGGGCUGUAACUGAAUAAACUGACCCCAUGGAAAACCAGGUGGUAAUUCUCGCCGUGGGUCUGCUUAUGGGGCUCCUGAUAAUAUUGUGCGUUUGUAUCUUGGGGUAUUGCCUAUGGAGGAGAAAGGGGCAAAGUCAAUACCAAGAAUUUAUCUCAACCUUACCACUGUUCCCAGAAUGCACUGCUCCAGUGCUGCAGGUUUCUCAGGGCUCCCGGCCCAGGUGCGAUGAGAUCCCCUUCACUGUCCCUCCGCGCUUUGAACCCAGAAGCCCUAGCGCUCUGGCGGGCCAGGGGCAGGUGAGGAGCGACGGGGUGGAGGCUGACGGCCAGAGGGACAUCUUGGCUCAUCGUGGAUCCCUUUGCGUCCGGAGCUGGUACCCCAUGGGGACCCUUCUGGAGGGCUUGUACCGGGGCCCCGCCCUGGACCAGGUGGCUCCGCCCCCCGGCCCCGCCCCCCGGCUCUGCUUCGCCGUGGAGUACCGGCGGUGCAGUGAGCAGCUCACGGUGUCCCUGCUGCGCCUCGGCAACCUCCCGCCCUGUUUCCACGGCAACGUGACGCUGGUGGAGCUGCAGCUGCUGCCCGACGACCGGCGGCCUCGGCAGGCCAGGGCCCGGGGCCCGGGGCCCGACCCCGAGCUUGCCGAGUGUUUCGUCUUCCAGGUGUCUGCAGUGUGCGUGUCUGAGAGCACGCUCAGUGUGUGUGUGCUGAGCGUGGCGCCCCAGCGGAAGCGUCGUGUGGUGGGCCGGGUGCUGUACCCCCUGGAGGGCCAGCUGGGGGCGUCUGGCCGCGUGCUCUGGAGGGACCUGGAGACAGACACCUACACACAGUGCUCAGAGCUGGGAGACGUGCAGGUCUCCAUGAACUACAGCCCGUCCCUCCGGCGGCUCACCCUGGGAGUGGUGAGGGCCCGCGGCCUGCAGCUGCUCAGCGACACAGGGGUGUUCUCCCAGGUGAGCCUGCAGAGACACACCCAGGUGGUGAAGACCAAGAGGAGCUCUGUGGUGAGCUGUGGUGGGGCCGACCCUCACCUCGACCACCGGAUGACCUUCAAACUACCCCCCCAGCACCUGGACGAGGCCUGCGUGAGGCUGGAGUUGAAGCAGCCCCACCCCAUGAGUCCAGAGUGUGCAGCCGUGCUGGGGGUGGUCGUGUUGGGGCCCUUCAUGUACGCCAGAGGCCCCCAGCUGCAGCACUGGCUCGACAUGGUGAACCCCACACAGGAGCCCGUCAAACAAUGGCACGGCCUGGGCCGGUGCCUUUGACCCCCAGACAA